AUGUUAAAAAUAACAAGAGAAAGGAGAAAAUACAGAAUAAACAACCCUUAUGAUGAAUCAGAAAAAAUAGCUAUUAAACAAAAGAAAAAUGAAGAAUUAAAAAAGAAGGCCGAACAUCAAUUAGAAAGUAGUACUAAAGAAAAUAAUGCUGCUGAAAAUUUUAUUAAAAUAUACAAUAAAUAUUUAGAAAAAAAUGAUGACAUUGAAAAAUAUAAAAGGGAAAAUAAAGAAAUAGAAGAAUCAAAAAAAAAAACAGUAAGUAGAAAGAAAAUAAAAAAGUUAAAUUAUAAAUUAAAAAAAAAUAGUCUCAUAGAAAAACUAAUAAAAAAAAGAGCCCUUAUUAAAGCAAAUGAAGCUUUAUUAAAUUCAUCAAAUAAAAAUAAUAAAGAUUUCUCUUUAAAUACAAAUGAUGAAAAAUACCUGAAGCUUAUUGAAAAUAAAAAUAAUGUGCAUAAAGGAAAUUCAAAAAUGAACACUAAGAAAAAUAGUAAUUUCAAAAAAAAGAAAGAUGAUAUUGUGAAUGAAUAUGAUAAAAUAAUUAAUUCUAAUAAUUAUUUACAAAAUCCUCUUGAAUUUGCUAAAAAUAUUAUAAAAAAAAAAAAAAAAAUAGAAUCUAUAUCAUGA